AUGCCGUCUGCAAUUGUAACUGGUGCCACCGGUAUCACUGGCAGUGCCAUUGUGCACCACCUAUGCAAGGACUCGCAGUAUGAAAAGGUCUACUCGCUCUCCCGAAGUAACCCCGGCAAUGAAAACCCAAAGGUCCAGCAUGCCACUCUUGAUCUCCAAGGGUCCGCUGAGGAGAUGGCUAAAAGCCUGAAAGAUGUCACUGCCGAGUACGUCUAUUUCUGCGCUUACCUAGCACGAGAUGACCCAGCCGAUUUAUCUCGUGUGAACGGGAUGAUGCUAUCGAACUUUCUUCAAGCAUUAGAAAUCACAGGCGCUAUUAAGACGCUGAAGCGCUUCGUUCUGACCUGCGGCUUCAAACACUAUGGUGUCCACCUUGGCCAUUGCAAGCAGCCGCUCCAGGAAGAUGACCAUCUUCUGGAGAAAAACUAUGGUGACGUCUCCUGGCCUCCCAUCUUCUACUACGAGCAGGAGCGGAUCCUCAAGGAUGCCGCCACCCGUGGCGGGUGGGAAUGGAUUGUAACUCUCCCAGAGGACGUUCUGGGCUACGCACGAGGCAACUUUAUGAACGAAGCCACUGCACUGGGUUUAUAUUGUGCUGUCAGCAAGGCACUCCCUGGGUCUAAGCUGCCAUUCCCUGGCUGUAAGGCCAACUACUUCGCCUUCAACUGCUGGACUUCAGCAAACCUCCACGCCAAGUUUUGUCUCUGGGCAGCGAUAGCCCCCAACGCCGGGAACAACAUCUUCAACGUCAUGAACGGGGAUACGGAGUCAUUCCAGAAUCUUUGGCCGCGGCUUGCUGCACGAUUUGGCUGUAAGAUUCCCAACCCUAUGUUUCCAUAUGGUGGUACCCCAGACAGCCAGGGUUUCGGUAAUUAUGAGGCGACCACGGUGCGGAUGCAAAGCCGGCAUCCGCUCGCGGCGCACGCAGACAAGAUAGGAGUCUUGGUCGACAGCAAUCCCACCCUGUUUCUCCAGGUUGAUCCUGAGAAAUGGGCGAAGCGCAAGGAUGUGAACGAGGCGUGGGCAAAACUGCGUGAUACUUACAAUCUCGAUCAGAAAGCGUGGGAAAAUGCCACAUGGGACUUUUUAACUUUUGUCAUGGGAAGGGAUUGGAGCUGCAUUGGGACAAUGAGCAAGGCGCGACGGUUGGGAUGGACUGGGUACGCUGAUACUUGGGAGGAGCUCGAGGAGACCUUCAGCAUUCUUGAACGCGAGGGUAUUUUGCCACCGAGGGAAAAGCACUCUUAA